AGCGGAGAUGUAAACCUCAUUUCUCCUUGAAAACACGCAAUAUGGCUACGACAAGAGUUCGAUUGGAUAAGAUGGAAGAAAAUGGCAUGCGAAGUGUUAUUAAAUUUUAGUGAAAUGUUUACUUGCUCCGGUUGUGUAGAAUGGGAGGCUGCAUAGGUAUAACGAGGGCAAGAAAUGCCUCAAUCAAUGAUACAUCGGAAAAUUCGAGCAGAACUAAUUCGGGGAAUACAAGAAAAAAUCAUCUUUUAUGUCACGAGGUAAUCAGAUGGAAAUCGGAUGUACCUCUAACUGAGGGUCAGCUGAGAAGUAAGCGAGAUGAAUUUUGGGACACUGCACCAGCAUUUGAUGGUCGUAAAGAAAUUUGGGACGCACUGAGGGCAGGUGCAACUGCAGCAGAAGCACAGGAUUAUCAGUUGGCACAGGCCAUAUUAGAUGGAGCUAAUAUUUCUGUACCAAAUGGUUUCUUAACCGAAUGUUAUGACGAGUUAGGGACUCGUUAUCAAGUACCUAUUUAUUGUUUAUCCUACCCAAUUAAUAUCGUAAAAGAAGAUAGUGGGAGAGACUCACCUGCUGAUUGCUCAGAACCAGUCGACGAAGGAACAGAACAAACUUUAAAACUUAGACUAUCGACUACUUUAGGAGAAGUUAAACUACCUGUUUAUAGCAAUGACACUAUUGCUAUUGCUAAGAAAAAAUUACAGAGUCAAGAGGGUUUGGAACCUUCACGUCAAAGGUGGUUCUUUGGUGGGAAAUUGCUUGGUGAUAAAAUGCAUGUAGAAGAAGCAAAGGUACAGCCAGGUUACAUAAUACAAGUAAUUGUAAAUCCAGAGAAAUCAGAUAACAUCUCUGGGAAGACUAGCUGAACUGAUAACAUGCAUAAACACAUAACAAAGUAUGUUUUAAUCAGUAAUCAGUAAUAGGCAUACUUUUACGCUUGUUAACAAAACUUGUUAAUCAUAUAUCAAAGAAUAUUAUAGUUUUUACUUUUAUUGUCACAUAAUUGUAGAGUGAUGAAUCAUUUUAGGAUAAAUUGGACAUAACAAAACUUUCUAUUAUAAAUUUAUUUAAUGAAAUCGCGAAUUAAGUGCAAUUUUCUUUUCGCUAUGUAUCAUAUAUUUAUCCAUAUACGUUAUCACAUGCAAUAAAAGUGUAUAAUAAAAAAAGUUAUGUGUGUAGGAGUAAGAGUGAGAAAGAGAGAAAAUACUAAUAGAAUAAAACAAGCAUAUCUUUAUAAAUUCGGCUUUUUUCAAUAUGAUGAAUUUUUUUCAUCAAGAAAAUUGACUGAAAUGAUUUAUUUAUAUCUACGUAAGAUAUAUAUACAUACAAACGUAUGAACAUACUAUUUUUUAUAAUUCGUAAUGUAAGUUUAUGCAGUGUCACAUUAUCAAAAUUUUUCUUUUCUUAUUGCAAAACUUAUUAAGUGACAUAUUGAAUUGUACAUUGAAACGGAACGGCCAUUAUGUGAGGUAAUAUUUUAUAAAAAAAAAAUAUAUAUAUCACUAUAUAUACUUUAUAUAUACAUAUUAUAUAAAGUAUAGAAUAUUGCUUUUGCAAAAGAGGGGAAAUGGUGAUUUUUUAUCUAUUUGUGUCAUUGCGUGUCAUUACAUCACGUAUGAAUACGAAAAGCAUAAACUGUAUUCAAUUGACAAUAGUGAAAAAAAGAAAAUAUAAUACUCAUUGCAAAAUACUAUACACUUAGGACUUGUUUAACAAUCUAUGUUCUAUUUGAAACUAUUGACUUACUUCUUUGUAAUUUUUGUCAAGAAUUAGUCUUACGUAAGAAAAUAAUAUAAGAAUUUAUUUCAGUUUCUUAAUACGUAUAUUCUACACUAAUAUUUCUGUUCUAAUACAUCCAUUGUCCUACUCUCUAACAUAAUAUAGUAAAAUAAUUUUAAAUUAUUAUAUACUCACAUUUUAUUUUUUCGUAAAAAUCUAAAUUUUUGUAGGCCUAACAUUGUUUUGUAAGUAUAGUUAAGAUGUUAAAUAAGAUUUUGACAACUGAAUCAUUUUAGAAGAGAAUUAUGAUAAUAAGACUAAGGGUAAAUUUGCAUUUAUGUCACAUAAACAAAAUUACGAAUUAUGUAACCAAUAGGUUUACUAUAUGUGCAAUACAUAUAUUGCAUAUAUUGUAUAUACCAGAGACAAGUUCUCACAGAGUGCUUUGCAUCAAACAAGUCAAUGAUUAUCAUUAUUGAAUAAGAUUUAAUCAUGAUAAUCUUGUAUUUUAUAUGUAUCACUUAAAUUGUGCGUAUAAAAAACUGCACUGCCCAAUUUUGACUAGUUUAUUAAAAUUUUAAUAUUUUAAUAGCUCUGGUACAUAAUUUUGCCAGCUACAAUAUCAAUCUCCUUUCUUCUAAAGAUGCGUGUCAAUGAAGUGAAAAUUUCUUUUUUCACAAAAAGACGACGAAGAGACUAAUGUAUUUGAAAAUUAUAGAAAAAUUAUAACCAGUAAAAUUGCAUUUAUACGCAUAUGUAGUAUUAAUUAUUAAGUACUGUUCAAUGCAGAAGAGUCCCAAUAAUGGUGCAUCUCUUUUUAUCAAACUGAUGUUAAGCUUAGAAGAUACAAUUAUUUCGUAACAGUUUAAAAAGUGUCCAAAUUAUAAAAGAAACACCAAUACAAUUUGUAUGGUAAAAAUUGAGCGCAAUAAUCAUUUCUUUCAUCAAAAAAUAUGCUCUAGCGAUACACAAACACAUAAUAACAGAUUCAGAAGAUAUUAAAUAAGAUCUCUAGAUUAUAUAAUUCAUGUGUAUUUAUAUUUGUAGAUCUCGUGUAACAAUAAUUAAUAUAAAAUUUGGCCGUUUUGAAUAAUACUUUCUUCGUAUUCAAUAUUUUAAGAUGCAAGUUCUAUUAAUACUAGCGCUCAGUUUAAUAUUAAGCAAAAGUGUGAUGUCAAACGUCGCCAAAAUAGGAAGAAAAUAACUCUUAUGUAAAUAAAAAAUGUUACAAUAAUGAAAUGUAAUUUAACUGCCUGAUAAAAAAUGGUACUUAAUAUUAAUAAUUACUGUAUUGGACCAAUGCAUGCGAAGUAUUUUAAAAUCAACAAAUAAUUGGCCAUAAUAGAAUAAGUGCUCUAUAUGUAAAGAUAUUUUCUGAAGAAUUGAGUUAAAUAAUAAAUUAUAUCUCUAAUAAUA